UUGGGGCAGAGAGGGAGGGACCAGGCAGAGCAGAGGAGGGAGAAAAGGCUCCGAAGGGGAAGCGAGAGAGACCCAGCAGCACAGGACCCCCGUCGCUCUCUUUCAUUCGCACCAUCCCUCCAUCCCUCCAUCCUUUCUCUGCGGGAGGAAAACUCCGCGCGGGAGGGCCUCGAUCCGCAGGAGAGGCGACGCAGCAGCAGCAGCAGCAGCGCCCUUGCUUUUGGCUCCGGAGGCUGCUCGCUUCCUCCGAGGGAGCCGAGAGUCCCACCUGCGCGCCGCGCCUCCGUCUCCGCCUGCCGGCCGGUCUCCCGACGCUGCUGCCGCUCCCGUCGCCGCCGCCGGACAAACGCCCGCCCCAAAAUGCCCAACUUCUCCGGCAACUGGAAGAUGAAGAGCUCGGAGAACUUCGAGGAGCUGCUGAAGGCUCUGGGCGUCAAUGUCAUGCUCCGCAAGAUCGCUGUGGCUGCUGCCUCCAAGCCGGCCGUGGAGAUCAAGCAGGACGGGGAGUCCUUCUACAUCAAGACCUCGACCACCGUCCGCACCACCGAGAUCAGCUUCAAGAUUGGGGAAGAGUUCGAGGAGCAGACUGUGGACGGGAGACCCUGCAAGAGUUUGGCCAAGUGGGAAAGCAACAACAAGAUGGUCUGUGAGCAGCGAUUGCUGAAAGGCGACGGCCCCAAGACAGGCUGGUCCAGGGAGAUGACCAACGAUGGGGAGCUCAUUCUGACCAUGAUGGCCGACGAUGUCGUCUGCACAAGGAUUUACGUCCGGGAGUGAGCGAGGCCUGCUUGUGGGGUGGCGGUUGGAUUUGGGGAGGCAGGGGCAGCAGGGUCCAGUGGGCAGGGAUCUUCCACUCUGGGUCACGGCAGCCCCACCCCCCCAUGCCUGCUCUCCCCAUCACCCUUUCGCUCUCUGCCCAUGCUCAGAGGGUGCUACAUGCAGAAAGACUUAAGCAGAGCAGCUGGCUCUUCAUCACAUUCCCUCCGGCCUGAGAGGGGGCGGAUAAAGCAGGCUCUGUCCUUGUGAUGCCCCCCCCCGCCCCAUCAGAGCAGCCUUUCCCCCCUUCUUCAAGUCUCCUCUGGGGUCCAGCCUCCCUUUUGUCUGCUAAGGGUCCGUGACCCCCACCCCUUCCCCCCUGCCGCCCUCGGGGUUGCAGACAGAGAAUCCCCUUGUUUCAGAAUCCGGUCGUGGGAUUUGGGAUCAGGCUGGGGGGAGGUGUGUGCGUGCCAGAGUCCCCCUAGCACUGACCUCUCUUUUCCUCCCUCCUGGGGGCACAACCCAGUCUCCCCUCCACCCCUGCACCUCCCACGGAAAUCCCUGCAUUGCUGGGGGCUGGACUGGAUGACCCUCGGAGCCCCUUCCAACUCUGCUCUGCAAGGCUGCCACUUUCCUGGGCCCCCUGAGGCAACCCCUGCAUUCUGAGCCCCCUCUUGCUCAGCACCUCGGGAAAGGGAACUGAAACCAAACAGGCUGUCCAGGUUUCCAUUUCAUUUCAAGCUGAGCAUCUUGACGGCCAGGCCUGCUCUCUGGGCCACCGGAUCUCGUUAGCGUCAAAGGUGUAAUUUAGCUGAGUGUCACCCACCAAACUGAGGUGCCUUCUUACCUCUGGACCUUCUGUGUUAAUUGCUAGGAUUUUUAAAAAGUAUUUAUUUGCUACCCUUGUACUAACAAAAGAAAAAGGAUAUAACCACUUCCUCCCUCCCCCAAAACAAACCCCACCCCCCCACCUCCCUGUGUGAGCACUGGGUCUCCUGUUCAAAAGCCACCUCUUUGAUGUUUGCCUUCCUUCCUAAUAAAUGUCUCAUUAAAAAAGUG